AGCAGCAGUGCGUUAACCUUACUCAUUAUUGUAUAUGCAGUUUUAUUGGAUUAAAAAAGGAUCUACUACAUAGAAUUCUGCUCUGCAUCACUUUACAAACAUGAAACAUGAUUGAUGAAGCACGAGGAAAUGCUUGGGUCCUAAGUGCUUCGGUACAUAUGGUAUUCUAAGGGCACUACUUGUGUAUGAUGAGAAUGUUAUAUGACCAAUGCUAAUCACCCGACCUUACUCCGUCCACUGUGCUCACCCACUUUUUAGAGCAGUCAGUGAAAUGACAUCUUUAAGUGACAUAUUGUUACCGUGGGAUCACACAGAGCAACCGAAUGACUUGUUUUUAACUUUCCGGAACUCUGACGACUGUAUUGUUCAUGUACCUAUCGCAACAUCGAAUGUUAAUAGCUUGAGGAGCAGCUCAGAUUCAGUUAUUUUGUCUGAACUGAAUAAACAAAUGGAUGCAAGACUUGUGAGCAAAGCUCAGGAAUAUGGCCCUUUAUUGCUUCCGGGGUCAAUAUUUUAUGUAGGCAGUAAUCCUCGUCCUCGUAGGAAAGUCAAUUUGUAUCAUGAAUCCUAUGAAAUUAGUUAUGGUCAAAGAGGAAAUUAUGGAGAAAAUCUCCACACAACUGAAAAUACUGUCAUUUCAAAUGGUGGGUUUAAUGACUUAGUUGAAUUAGAAAAACUCUCUUCUACAUUUACUGAUAGGAGGAUUGGAAUGAAUCUUUCGCAAACUGAUGUUGCAAAUUCACUUGGAAAACUUUACGGAGUACAUCGUAGUGUAUCCAUGAUUUCACGCUUCGAAAGAAUGGAUCUUAGUUUAAGCAAUUACUUGAAAGUUUAUCCGAUUAUUCUAAGAUGGUUGAAGGAUAGUGAAACUGCUGAUGGUCGCGAUAAAAUUAUUCGAGCUGUUGUUGAUUUUCAGAAUAAUAAUAAUAGUAAUGAUAAUAAUGAUACGAAAUCACCAGUCAAAGAAAGUCCUCAGGCUGAAAGUCCCGUUUUUUCGAAAUUCCCAAAACGACGACGGAGAACAAUACUACCUGAUUCUACAAGAAGGGAGUUGGAGCGAAUCUAUAGACAAAAUAAAAAACUAUCUGCACAUGAAUUGAUAGAAUUGGCUAAAGAAUUAAAUGUUGACAAAAAAAUUAUAAAAGUAUGGUUCUACAAUCGCCAUACACGUAGUAUUAUUGAUCGAAAAAGAAGAUUGAAACGAUCCAAAAGGAAAUGUUAA